AUGGCGGACGGCGGCUCGGAGCGGGCUGAUGGGCGCAUCGUCAAGAUGGAGGUGGACUACAGCGCCACGGUGGACCAGCGCCUGCCCGAGUGCGAGAAGCUGGCCAAGGAAGGAAGACUUCAAGAAGUCAUUGAAACCCUUCUCUCUUUGGAAAAACAGACCCGUACUGCUUCUGAUAUGGUGUCUACAUCCCGUAUCUUAGUUGCAGUAGUGAAGAUGUGUUAUGAGGCUAAAGAAUGGGAUUUACUUAAUGAAAACAUCAUGCUUUUGUCGAAAAGACGGAGUCAGUUAAAACAAGCUGUUGCAAAAAUGGUUCAACAAUGCUGUACUUACGUUGAGGAAAUCACAGACCUUCCGAUUAAACUUCGAUUAAUUGAUACUUUACGAAUGGUUACAGAAGGAAAGAUCUAUGUUGAAAUUGAACGUGCUCGACUAACUAAAACAUUAGCAGCUAUCAAAGAGCAAAGUGGUGACGUCAAAGAGGCAGCCUCCAUUUUACAAGAGUUACAGGUGGAAACCUAUGGGUCAAUGGAAAAGAAAGAGCGAGUGGAGUUUAUUUUGGAGCAAAUGAGGCUCUGCCUAGCUGUGAAGGACUACAUUCGUACACAGAUCAUCAGCAAGAAAAUUAAUACCAAAUUUUUCCAGGAAGAAAAUACAGAGAAAUUAAAGUUAAAAUAUUAUAACUUAAUGAUUCAGCUGGAUCAACACGAGGGCUCCUAUUUGUCUAUUUGUAAGCACUACAGAGCAAUAUAUGAUACUCCCUGUAUACAGGCAGAAAGUGAAAAGUGGCAACAGGCUCUGAAAAGUGUUGUCCUCUACGUUAUAUUGGCUCCUUUUGAUAAUGAACAGUCAGAUUUGGUUCACCGAAUAAGUGCUGACAAGAAGUUAGAAGAAAUUCCUAAAUAUAAGGAUCUAUUAAAGCUUUUUACUACAAUGGAGUUGAUGCGUUGGGCUACACUUGUCGAAGACUAUGGAGUGGAAUUAAGAAAAGGUUCUCUGGAAAGUCCUGCAACUGAUGUUUUUGGUUAUACAGAAGAAGGUGAUAAAAGGUGGAAAGACUUGAAGAAUAGAGUUGUUGAACAUAAUAUUAGAAUAAUGGCCAAGUAUUAUACAAGGAUAACAAUGAAGAGGAUGGCACAACUUUUGGAUCUAUCUGUUGAUGAGUCAGAGGCUUUUCUCUCAAAUCUCGUAGUAAACAAGACCAUCUUUGCUAAAGUAGACAGGUUGGCAGGAAUUAUCAACUUCCAGAGACCCAAGGAUCCAAAUAAUUUAUUAAAUGACUGGUCUCAGAAAUUGAACUCAUUGAUGUCUCUAGUUAACAAAACUACACACCUCAUAGCCAAAGAGGAAAUGAUACAUAAUCUACAAUAA